CUCGCCAAUCUCGCCAUCAUAGUGCUAGGGGCUAGGAGCAAACUCCUCUAGUCCUCUGGUGUCGGCCUCAGCCAUAUUUUCUCUCUGCACUUGACUCUCGUAGUAAGUUUUCUCGUGUUUAACGCUAGUUAGCAUAGCGCGCUCCUUCUCUCGCCAAUUUCACUGUAAGUGUACGGAGAUUGCAGAGUCGGCUUGGGUACAUACCAAACAAGCAUCAUGGCGCAACGCUAGUAUAUUGCAGCUUGUGCUUGUGAAAUCUUUUAGGCGUCUUAGUAAUUGUAUAAUAGUUGCAUCGGACCAGCACAACAUCCACGUUGCGCGCCUCGUCCUGGCCACGUCUUCGUCGAAGCGUUCAAGGCUUCGGGGUACACCUCAGUCAGAAUAAGUAUAAUAUAGUACUUAUACUCCAAGGGUUAUACAUCGCUCCGGUGUGCGCCAAGGAACUCCGAAAAUUGUAUCCCCACGGAUCCACGCGUAACCGCCGCCUUUUGCAGCAAUCAUGGAUGAACACGAAGAGUUGGAUAUGGGUGACUUUGAGAUAGUGGAUGAGUGUGAAGGUGAGGACGAGGAUGACCAGAAUGAGGUCCGUUCCUACGGCUCAGAGGACGACAACGACGAAAAUUACGACUCUUACCACAGUGCGGAUAAGGAUAUCAAUGAUCCAGAGGACGUCAAUAUCGAUGACAAUAGUGGCGAUAAUGGCGACAAUAUACUCGACGUCUCAAUUGACGUCUCUGAGAACGACUUCCUUGAGAAUGUCGCCAAAGACUUCUCCGAGAAUAUCGAGGAGCAAGUCGAACAGCGGAUCACUAGGUCAAAAAUGACCCUUAGGAGCGGCAGACAGCCCACUGUACAGCUUAAAAAACUUGAGAGCGUGCCAUUUGAGCACGAACCCACGAUUAAAAAGAAGCCAGGUCCCAAAUCCAAGACUAUGAACAUCCCCGUGACACCAGCUAAAAAACCCAUACAGAAGAUUGUAUUCAACGAUUCAGAUAAAAAGGAGGUAACUGUAAAGAAGGAGGAACCUAAAAAGCCCACAGCCAACAACAGCCAAAAGAAACCCAACGUUCAAGCAGCUCAAAAAGAAAUCAAGAAAGAAUCAGAAAAGAGCAAACAGAUAACUCCAAAAAAACCAGUUCUUCAGCGAAAGACACCAGCUUUCUUGAAAAAAGACCUCACUGAUGAAGAAAUUAUGGAACACUUUGAUGAAAUUGAAAACUCAGUUUUCACAUCUGACAGUGUUGUCAUACAUAACGAUGCUGAUGAUGAAGAAAAAGACAAAGAUAAAAAGGACGAAAGUAUUACUGACAAAGACAAAGCCAAAGAGCUCAGUAAAGAAAAUAAGGAAGAGGUCGAGUCCACUAAAAGCGUCGAAGAAAUAACCCAGGAAGAAAACUGGGAUAAAGAUUGCGAUAAGUUUAAGAGAAAAGAGCCAAAAAUUAAAAUUGAAGAAGAAGAGUUGAGCGAAAGUCAUGCGUGGUAUAAGGAAAACAUUAAAUCCAAAGAAAAUCAGGUUGAAGACAAGUUCACAAAAUUAGCCAAAUUUAUACAAUAUUCAUACCCAUUGUAUAAAAAAUGGCUAGAUAAAAAUGAAUCUUUAUUUGGAACUGCUAUAUGCAAAGUUGAAUCUUCUAAGCAUAUUCCCCUAGAUCAGUUAUCUCCAAAUCGUUGGAAAUUCGUUUGCAGUAAAAAGGUUAUUCAACAAUCAUCAGAGGAGGAGGAUAAGCAGGCUGAUAGUGAAUCUUGUAGCAACAAGAACGCUCAGCAAAUCUGGCAAAUUAUUCCGGGUGUUCCAGAUGCUGAUGUGGAAAAUACUGAAGAAUAUCCACCUUUUGUUAUGCGUGUCGUAAAGGUAUUUGAAGAAUUUCUGCAAUCGUUGGAUCAAAGACUAAUCGACGGCCUUGACAGCAUCCAAAAAGAAAAGGACGAUAGCAAAGAUGAAGUCGAGAUUUUGGAGAUGUCCAUCGAUGAUGAUGGUAAAAAAUCUGAAUCCGCUGAUAAAGAAGAAGCAAAUAAAGAUGGUGCAUCGUCUUUUAAAGAUCUCGAAGGAUUAAGUAUUAUGUUGAGAUGCAAUCGAAAGCAAGAAUUGAUGAUGCACAUUACUGGUAAAGAUAUAAAACCCCAGUUGAUGGAUAAAAUUAAAGACCUCUUUGAGAAUGGCCCUGGUAAGGAAUGCAACGUCAAAUCUCUCUACUGCAAAACAAUCAUCAAAGACAUGCAUGUCAUUAAAACGAACACCACUUUCUUGCUGGGCUCAGAAAUUCUUGAAGAUGAAGUAGGCUCUGUGAAAAUUCAGUUAGCACCUAAAAACAAUGCUUGGACCAAUUUAUCUGGGAUUGAGUUGUUAGCAAACGUAGUUGGUGAAUUUCUGGUUCCUACUAAGAAGACAAGUAUAAUAGAAAUUGGUUGCGGAACAGGUCUCAUAAGCUUAAUACUGGCUCCCCAAUGUCAAAAAAUCAUUGGUCUUGAUGUACAAAAAGAAAUUGUUGAGGCAGAACUUACCUGUGAUCUCAAUGAGAUAAAAAAUGCUACAUUUGUAACUGGAAAACCUAAAUUAGUCAUGAGCCAAAUCGAUAAUGCUCUAGCUGAGACUAAAACUGUAGCUGUUAUAAACACCAACAACGUAUUUGGACGUUCUCCCGACGUCAUAGUUGCGCUCAGAAAAAUGAGCAAUCUUGGCCGCAUAGUCGUAAUAACCAACUUGUCUAAGCAAGCGAUGCGUUCCAUCUUAGAUUUAGUCCAACCAGCAAGCGCGGAGUUGGGAAAUCCAUUUAUUCCUAUCAAAGCAUGUAUAGUGGAUACAACGCCUAAGUCAAAAUAUGGUUUUGAAAUCGUCAUGUCGAUGGAGCGUCGAACGAUGCGCAACCUGUUGAAGAUUUCUUCCGUUGAUGAUGUAGAAGAAGAAGAUGACUCUCAAACCGUUGGACUGAUCAGUAAAUCGAAGCAGAUGAAAGCUGCGGCGGCCCUGAAUAUCAAUCCCUUUGCCAAACCUCAUUUCAUUAAGAACUUUAAAAGUAAUUAUAUUCCUGGUAAAAAGUUUUUCCCUAACCCAGUUCCCUAUCAAAACAAAUUUGUUGGUCCAAAACGAGCUUUCCCUGGUCCCAGCCCCUAUCCGUAUAACAAUCCUGCCAAGAAGUUCAAACCAUUCGAGAAACCAUGGAUAGCAGGUCCAAAUGCGCGUCCAAGUACAGGUUUCGACAAAAAACCACGAGAUGAAGGUGAUUUGCGUGACAGACUCUCCAGCAAUCGCGACCCAGCACAAGACCAAGAGCAAAAGAAGCUGAUGGAUGCUCUUGGUAAACUAUCCGGCGUUGAUUCGGAGACCGUCAAAAAGCUGCAAGACAUGCUGAAUGUUGCUAUAGAAAAAACUAAUAAACUGCAAAAUCAGCUGCCCUCGCGAUCAUCCGUUUGGGAUAGAAUAGCACCGUCAGAUCACGGUCCGGAAGAUAAUUCGUUAAACACCAGUGCUCCUAUGAAAGGACGCUUUGUCAAAGAAACUGGCCCAAAAGCUAUUACCAUCACAACGUCCAAUGAUAGAGAGCCAACCCCUCCUCCUGGAUCCAAGAGUAAAAAAUAUCACAACUUACCUCCUUUAGAACCCGAUAGACCACCUCCCAAAAAUCCCCGUUUGAAGAUGACAUCAUCUGUCAUUCAAAAGCCAAAUACUGCACCUUACUUUAAACCUGCUCCAAAUCGUUUCCAAAAUAACUAUCGCAAAGAGCCAGAGCCAGAUUCUUGGAACCGAAGCAAGCCAUCUCAUCCACCUAACGAUCCGUAUGACAAGUAUCGUCCUGGCUCUCCCAGAAUGCCUCAACGACAACGGUCACCGCCACCGCGGCAAGUCUCGCCUCCUCGUCGGCCAGUCUCACCAGUUCGGCGAGUCUCGCCAGUGCGACGUGCCUCGCCGAUACGUCGAGCCUCACCGCCGAGACGACCUGUCUCGCCGCCACGCAGACCAGUCUCUCCUGUCUACCGCCAUCAGCAUUCCUCAUCGUCGCGAAAUAUUCCGAACAGACAUAACUCACCGCCACGUCGGCCCUUGUCGCCUCCUGCAAGAAAGAAGUCACCGCCCUCAAAACGCUAUGCCGACGAGUGGGACAUACCGAGUAGGACUGCGAUUGACAAUGCCUGGCAGAGACAGGAGAAGGAGAAGCAGUCGAGACCAGAACCAUGGCAGCAGGGUCCGUCGUCUUCGACCUCUGGCUGGAAUCAAGGUAGCAGCAGCAGUAAUAGUAACAGGUUCCGUCAAGAGAGUGAUACCUGGGAUAAUCCCAGAACAAAUACUUGGGAUAAUAAAAAUCCAGUGGCACCUCAGCAGACGAGCUCCGGUGGAGGAUGGAAAGGUUCCGGUAUCACGAGUAAUUCAAUGGGUGGAACUAAUUGGGAUGUGCGAAAAGAAGAUUCUAUGAGAGACAUGGGUAGACAAGACAUGAGACAUGACUCUAGAAACGAUUCUCGACAUGACUCGAGAAAUGAUUCGAGACAUGACUUGAGAUGGGAGGGCCCCGAAAAGUCGUUCAGGAAUGAUAAAGAUGACUGGAAUGAUUUACCAGAAGAUGCUCGAGAUCCAUGGGGUGACGAUCAUCCAUCGAGCUCACAAUCAAAAGAUCACCGCUGGAAUGCUCCAAGUCAGCCUGCUCAGGCCAUUACUUGGACAAGAGACAAACCUAACAACGACAACUGGUCGAACAAACCUGUUUUCUCUCAAAACAACAUGGGUGGUGGACCUGGCAUGAAUCAGAAAAUACCUAAUGCAAACAUGAAUAUAGGUAGUCUUAAUCAAAAAGCUUGGCAACAGCAUCAGCAGCCACAGCAAAACAGAAAUCCGAAUUGGAUGCCAGCUAGUAACUGGCAAGGUGGUGGAGGAAUGAGUGUACCUCAGGGUGGUAUGGGAGGAAUUGGAAAUGUUUCCAUGAUGGGGAGCCAGCCAAACAGCUGGCAGUCAACUCCACAACAAGGCUUCAAUUUUAACACUAGGCAACAACAAUUUAAUAAUCCCUUCAUGAAUAACAGGCGUUGAGUAGUUAAUAAUUUUGGAUCAUAGGUUUCAAAGUGUAUUUAAACUUUUUACCAGAUUAAAAAAAAAAUUAAAAAAUUAAAAAAAAUGAAUGGAAGGAAAUAAUGUAUGCGAUUUAUUUUAAAAUACAAUGAUUUUUCUAGUACUGUCACUGUGAUUGAAUACAUGAGUUGACUGGAUUUUUUUCCCCAUCUUUUUUCCAGUUUAUUUAUAGUGAAAAGUUUAUAGUUUCAUGUACUUUUAAGUAUUAAAAAUUAUAACACAGUGGUGUACAUUUAAGAUUAAAAUCUUCAAUUGUAAUAUUUAUAAAUUUUUAAAUUAAAUAAACACUACUUUACAAAUUUCAUGAUUCCUCCAUUAAAAGAUUUUUGUUACUGUGUACUGAAUAUAAUAA